AUGGGCCUGAGCCCCUCAAAGCGCGUGGACGCGGCGCUCCGGCGAGCGCCGGCGUUCGCCGACGCCUGCGACGCCGCCUUCGACCGCUGCCUGGCCGACGCCCAGCGCGCCUUCUCCGGCGUCCGCCCCUACCAGCUCGCCGACGCGUCGGAGCACCUCCACUCGGCGCUCCGGGUCUCCCUCCCGCUCGUCCGCCGCUGGGUGCCCUCGCCGCCGCCGCGCGUCCGCGUUGACUCCGCGCUCCGCGACGCCGGACUGGAAGACGCCGGGGAGCUCUCGCGGGCUCAGUUCGGGGAAUUCGCCGUCGGGCUGUUCAGGGAGGCCGUGCUGUCCGGCGCAGCCGAGGCGGCGCUCGUCCGCGCCCCGGCCGGCGCGGCGGGGAUUGUCGGGGUGGGCCUCGUGUCCCGCGCUGGCGCCGGGGCGGUCGGGAAGCUGGUCGCGAUCUACGCCGCCGGCGUCGCCACUGCCGUUUACCUCAGCUUGGGCUAGACGACUCUGUUAAAUUGUAAAAAAUCUGCUGAAUAAAUUUCCCCGAUGUAUUUCGUGGAGCUGUUUCUUGCACAUCAUGGUCAGUAGAAGAAAUAUAGUGCGAUGCAUCAGCGGCUGUGUUCUCGUUCCUCGGAUCGGAUGCUUCCAUGUGGAUGUUAAAUUGGAACAAACUGGAAUGUAAUGGGAUCAGUGAUGAAGCUGUCAAGGAUCAGCAAUGCUCAGCAAGAGUAACGAUGUUACUCCGUACUAGGCUUGAGAUCUUUGUAAAUCUUUCUGAAAAGAAAAACAGACAGGUCCCCUGUGGUGACAAU